GGUUUUUGGUGGUGUGCAACCUAAGUAAGACGGGAACCAUCGCUAUUUGAUAUACUACGCGCAAAGUCGAGAACCAGUAUCCCCGCACAAAAUUCCAUAUCCGGUUGUUUACAAGUUGUACAAAGCUUAUAGUGAAAGACAAAUCUUUAUACAUCGACUUCACCGAGAAACAGGCGGUUUGGGCCGGUUGAGUUUAUUUUUCAGUGGAGUCCACAGUGGUACGGCAUCCGUCAGAAUUUUGGUACAGUAUACGUAAAGAUGUCAGACAAUGAAAAGGAGAAGAGGACGUGGAAAAAGGAACGUCGAUUAGAGGACGUUCCAAGUAUUGUCCACCAAGUAAGGUGUCACACGGCUCAAGGAAAGCUGUUCGACCCAAAAGAUCUUAUCUACAGGUUGGGAUGGGAUAAUGUCUCGGACUCAUUGUUCCGAGAAUUAGUCCACGACCAGUAUAGACUGGCUGUCCGGCAAAGUAACAGUGGCUGGAUAAGGGACGCCAGAUACUAUUCUGGACUGAGAUUCGUUGGCAGCCCAGACUGGGUGGAGGAAGUGUUACCUGAGGUAGCGCUUGGGAAAUCUAGGAGCAUGCACUCAAGGUCUCGGUCACCAGUAGACAGAUCACGGCCCAAGAGCUGUGAUUCGAGUCAUGGACACCGGGAAGUGUUGCACGGUCAGUCGCUCGGAAAAUCCAAGAGAAUGCACAGGUCUCCGUCACCAGUAGAAAGAUCACGACCCAAGAGUCCUGAUUCACACCGUGGACACCGAUCUGGUCACUACAGUUCAUCACGUCGAGGGAAUGAGCACCAUAGGCAGAGGUCAAACUAUUAUGACAAGCCACGUAGGCAAAGCCAUCGAGAAGUGUCUAAUGCAAUGGAGUGGAAAGAACGAGAGUAUAGACCUGGACACCAGGAUAGGUCUAGGCAUGGCAGAGGGGAACAUGGGACUGCUGCCAAAGGUGGUAGAAGGCUGGUGUCAGCGAAGGGUCAGAGUUUGCAGAUUACGCUGGGGACAAAGCCAGAAAAAGUUAAGAGCCGAUCAGGUCAGGCUUGCCCUGCUAACGGAUGUAAUGCUGUUAGCAAACACAUUAGAAGGCAUGUCCAAAUGACUCAUAUUCCGUCAGUGUUCUGGGAGGAAACAGCUGGCAAUGAUCUGCCAGGAAGAAGACUGAAAGCUCUAGAGCAAUUGGCAAUGCUAAUCAUCGGUCGGCCAGGUGUAAACCGUCUGAUGGAAUGGGCAGACCGAUAUGUCAGGAUCCAGGCAAGCUCGACACCAAAUUCUACUUCACAAACGGCCAUGAGGGCUGUUUGUAAGUACGCAAGAUGGAACAUUCCAGAUCAGUUCACCAUUGCACCAGUUAAUUCUCCGGCAGCAUUGAUACACUGGAGGAUUAUCUGUGCUAUGAUGGAACACUUGUCCGAAAGCCAAAAACGGAGAUUCCUGGAUGAACUAAAGGAAGACAGAGGAAAGAGGGAUGAGGAUGAGAAAGGGAAAGAUAAGAAAAAGAGCAAUAAGAAAGAUGAUCAUGAUGAACAAAAAAGGGACGCGGUUCACUCUCCUGAACCACAAGAGAAAAGCUCCGGCGAGGAGGUCAUGGAUAUUGAAGAGUUAAAUUUGGAGGCUGGAGAUGAGGAAGCUGGCGUUCAGGACGUGAUUCAGGAUAUUGAAUCAUUACUUCAAGGCGAAGAGAUGGACAAGGAAGCUGAAGAUUCAGAGAAAGAUACUGAGGGGGUGACAACGGUUGAGGCGGCGGUUAGGGUUGAAAUUGUCUCUGAGGAUAACUUACCAGUAGGUCCACUUACCUACGCUCAGGUUACCAAGUUGCCACCAGCAGUAAAGCCUAGAAGUAAAUCGAAGAAGGUACCAUCUGUACGUCAGGGGUUUGAUUCGCACUUCCAUUUGGAUAGAACGGCAAAGUCGCUGUUCGGACAAGACUGGGUUGAUUUACACAAGUUGUGGCCAGUAAAACAGGAUCCAGCUCCAGAAAACAACGUGGAAAUCGUUGGUGGAAUCCUUGUGUACUGCGAUCCAGAAAGGUACCAUUCUGUUAAGUGCCCAGAAGAUGCUAACUUCAAAGUUGCCGUGGGGAUUCAUCCGAAGAAAAGCGAUUCUUUUAGUUCAGAGAAAGAAUCAGUUUUGAAGGAACUUCUCCAUAAGCCCGGAGUUGUAGCACUAGGAGAAGUAGGAAUUGAUCACUCUGUGUCCCGGCAUCUUUGGUUGGAACAAGAAGAGGUAUUGAACCGAGUACUCGGUAUAUCAGAGCUGACAAAGUUUGGUCCUUCAUGUUAG